GCAGCGCUGAAAUGUUGGUGCGGCCCCAAAGCCCCCGGCUACACAUGCAGCACACCAGCGCUUCUGAUGGUCUUUAGUUUGUCUCAGCCCGGUUUAUUGGACUUGAUUCCGCGGCGAAAUGCCACCCAAAGAGCCACAGCUGACUGGACUACAAGCACCGACUGCAGCUAAAUGAGAUUCUAGGAUGGAAAUGUUGCUGAGGGGAAACCUGAGGAGAGGAGUGGGGCUCUGCCUUUUGCUGUUGGCUCUCGUUCACGAGGCCACAGGCCAGAGAAGGAAGACAGGACGCAGGAACAACAACAAGCUGCAUGACGAUGGAGGGAAUGGUCUGACAUGUUCUCUGGAGGUGGCUUUCAUCCUGGACAGCUCGGAGAGUGCAAAGAUAUUCCUGUUUGAGAAGCAGAAGGCCUUCGUGUUGAGCUUCAGCACCCACCUCUCUAUGCUGCAGGUAGCCGGCUGGACGCUGAAGAUGCGAAUGGCCGCACUUCAGUACAGCAGCUCCGUGUCCGUAGAGCACAGAUUCUCAGGCUGGAAAGACCUAGAUUCAUUUCACAGUCAAGUCAGCACCAUGAACUACAUCGGCCAUGGCACAUACACCACCUAUGCCAUCACCAACGUCUCGCAGCUGCUGGUGCAGGAGACGCCGACGGACAGCGUCAGGGUUGCAGUGCUGAUGACUGAUGGGGUCGACCAUCCCCGUAAUCCUGAUGUGAUUGCAGCUGCAGCGGAGGCCAAAGGUCACGGCACAAAGUUCUUCGCUGUCGGUUUAUCAGACAUCGGUCAACAGAGUAACAAUAACGCCAAGCUCCGGGCCAUCGCCAGCACACCUACUCAGCAGUUUGUCCAAAGUCUUCUUGAUCCCCAGCUAGAGGAGAAGCUGCUGAGAGAGAUGGGUGCAGUCGCAUCUGAAGGGUGUCCACAGGCUCAAGUGUGUUUGUGUGAAAGAGGAGAGAGAGGCGCUCAAGGAAAUCCAGGUAGAAAAGGGGACCCAGGCUUCAGCGGGGCACCUGGUCUAAAAGGAGCGAGGGGGGAGCAUGGCUCCAACGGUCGAGCUGGAGGUGAAGGUCCAGAGGGCCGUCCAGGUUAUAAGGGCAACAAGGGGGAGAGCGGAGACUGUGGCACUCCUGGGGAGAAGGGUGACACUGGACCUGAGGGACCUUCAGGCCAGCAAGGAACGAAAGGAGAACAGGGUGUGAUAGGAUCAGCAGGAGACAUGGGACUUGAGGGCCCAGCAGGACCUAAAGGAGACAGAGGGCCCAGCGGUGUUUCUGGACCACCGGGGGAUAUUGGUAUCGGUUUUCCAGGAGCUAAGGGUGAGAAAGGCAUUCAGGGGAGAUCGGGUCCCACAGGUCCUGUUGGGAUAGGAGAACCAGGACAACCAGGUCCCCCAGGACCAGCCGGAGCACAAGGAAACUCCGGACCACCUGGAGAGGGGCUUCUAGGGCCGAAGGGGGAUCAAGGACACGAGGGUCCGAGGGGCAAUCGUGGACUUGCUGGCGUUGGGGUCAAAGGUGACAAGGGAAGUCACGGGCCGCCUGGGUUUGCAGGUCCAGUUGGUGCUCCUGGUUUAGGACAUCAAGGAGAAAAGGGGGAUCAAGGCCCAGUCGGACCUGCAGGCCCCAGGGGAGCUCAAGGUAUUGGAAUAACAGGACCAAAGGGGGAUCAGGGACUCCCAGGAGAGCCUGGACUGAGAGGUGAGAGAGGUGUUGGAGAGCCAGGACCCAAAGGUGACCCAGGGUCUGAGGGGUUACCAGGUAUACCAGGUGAGCCAGGAGAGGACGGAGCCUUGGGACAAAAGGGUGAUCUUGGGUUACCGGGGUCCAGGGGACCAGACGGUGCUCCUGGUAAAGGAACACCUGGAGGGAAGGGAGACAGAGGAGACAGGGGGACCAGAGGACAGCCAGGUGCAGUCGGUCCUGUGGGACCAAUGGGGUCAAAGGGAGAACCAGGAAAUAUUGGGCCACCAGGUGCAACUGGACCACAAGGAAGAGGUAUCGCUGGUGCCAAGGGAGAACUGGGCCAACGAGGUCCAGCUGGAGCUGUGGGAGAGCUGGGGAAGGGUUUACCUGGACCCAAGGGGGACAGAGGGUCUGCAGGGCCUGCUGGGAUAACUGGACUUAAAGGUGACGGUUACCCCGGCCUUCCAGGACUACCGGGGCCUCCUGGUCUGACAGGAGAGACCGGAUCAGAUGGCGUCGGUUUACCUGGACCAAAGGGAGACAGAGGCUUGUCUGGACCUCCUGGACCUGUUGGGCCACCAGGAAUUGGCCUACUUGGUCAUAAGGGUUCAGUUGGCCAAAUGGGACUACCGGGUGCACAGGGGUUACCUGGAGAGGGCAUCCAAGGACAAAAGGGAGAGACUGGAUUUCAGGGGAUCACCGGCCCCAGAGGUCCUCCUGGACAAGGUCUACAGGGGGACAAGGGGGAUCGAGGGUUCAAAGGUGAAAAAGGCAAAGGAGGAAAUAGAGGAGAAGCUGGAGAGGCCGGAGCCUCAGGAUCUUUGGGUAGAGCUGGGCAGAAGGGAGACCCUGGACUUACAAGGGAAGAAAUCAUCAAAAUAGUGAGAUCGAUAUGCAGUUGUGGAGUGUCCUGCCGACAAACCCCCUUGGAGCUGGUUUUUGUGAUCGACAGCUCUGAGAGCGUCGGCCCCGACAACUUCAACCUGAUCAAAGACUUUGUAAACACCCUGAUCGACCGAGCUUCGGUGAGCCGGGACACCACACGGGUGGGUGUUGUCCUCUACAGCCACAUCAACAUGGUGGUGGUCAGUCUCAGACAGCAAGCCACUCGCGAUGAGAUCAAGACUGCGGUGCGCUCCAUGACCUACCUGGGCGAGGGGACGUUCACAGGCAGUGCCAUCCAACAGGCCAACCAGGUGUUCAAGGCGGCGCGGGCAGGUGUGAGGAAGGUGGCCAUCAUCAUCACGGACGGUCAGGCCGAUAAAAGAGACGUGCUCAGUCUGGAGAGCGCCGUGUCAGAAGCUCAAGGGAGUGACAUAGAGAUGUUUGUGAUCGGGGUGGUGAAUGAGAGCGAUCCUCUCUACGAGGAGUUCAAGAAGGAGCUCAAUCUCAUGGCCUCUGACCCCGACAGCGACCACAUGUACCUGAUCGAUGAGUUCAAAACACUUCCAGCUCUGGAGAGAAAACUUCUGAGUCGUAUCUGUGAGGACGGAGAGAGACAUUUGUUCAGCUCCGUGCCGAGCUCCAGACUGCCUCCGGGAAUUCCCGAGGUCUCCGGUAACGUUCGAGAACCUCCGUACAGGACCGAUACAGACACCCCCACCUUCACAGGAGACUUCAGGAGGGUUCAGAUAGUGCGUGGUCCUCCAGCGCCACAACCCGACAGAGAACCCAUCACUCUACAGAGACCCAAGACGGACGACAGAAGCGCCUCAGAGACUCAGAGAUUUCCAUUCUUUGACAGGGAACCCUACAGACCUGUUACAGAGUUCCCCCCAAAGUUUGAUAUGAAGGACCCAAAUCGCCAUGUAGUGAUGACAGGAGCCAUCGGGCCGGUGGGUCCAACUUGGAAGGCUGAGGAGAGGACACCACCGCCAUCUUCUUCGACUUCUCCCACUCCUCCUCUGCCGUCUUCUGACACCCACGUAUCAGUGGAGCGCUGCGACCACGUGCUGGAUCCAGGACCGUGCCGGGACUACGUGGUGAAGUGGUACUUCGACGCCAUCGCUAAUUCCUGCGCUCAGUUCUGGUUCGGAGGCUGUAUGGGAAACAGCAACCAGUUUGAGACUGAGAAGAACUGCAGAGAAACCUGCGCCAAAGUCUAACAAGCACAUGUAUCUGUAGUCACAAAUAAAACAUUUUGCUGUGACUUCACAUGUGACUUUGCCAUGAGGUUCACUUCAACUUCAGCGAGUUAGUUUUCUACGUGUAGCUAUUCAACAUAGAUAGGGAAGAUAAAAAACAAUUGUUAUAAAAGAGGCGUCAUUAAACCAAAUAAGCCUAAAAUGGAGUUUAAAGUUCUAAAAUGUUCAGUAGGCUAAGUACUCUUGAAUUGUAUUUCCUGUUGGCCAGAGGGAUUUGUGUAUUAAUUGUAUGAACCAAGCUAAGCUAAUGCAGAGAAAUUAUACCUGUAAUGUUACUUACACACUGUGGAACAGUUCUGUUAUAAAUAAUACAAACUUUGAAACCACUAACCUUUCUACUCAUGUAUGAUACAAUGACGUAUUGUUAUUUUUAAAUGAAUGUCUUAAGUUUUUUGUAUGUUUAUGUUUUUUAAUACUGUCAUUGAUGAAAAAAAUAAAAAAGAAGCAAAUAAAUGUAUAGUCUCACG